CGCUUUUGAAUAGCAACACACACUUCUCCAAGUCAUUCAUUGUUCUACACCCGGUCACAAUCUUGUCCUCUAAUUGAUCGCGCCGACACCCACCUGCAAUAUCUAAGACAGCAUGGCGACCACAUCGUCGGCACCGUUCAGCACGUCGACGUCCCCACUUUCGGCAUCCGUCACACCUCCUCGUCAGUCCGGCAGCGCAGCAGAUGGCGAUGUUUCCCCUACCACAUCAACACCCGCGAACGUACCCAGAGCGGGGGCAGCUAAGAGGAGGAACUCUAUAGCUCGUGGAGGCCCGAUCCCGCACGUGCAGACGAAAAUCGGACCUCAGAGGACGUCGAAGGUUUCGCAGAAGCUGAAGAUAUUACCGUCGCCCGCGGAUCAAGAUGAAGAGUCCGGGAGGGAUGUUUACUCGCAAGUUACGCGCAUCAAGGACAGCACAGCGCGGCGCGAUGCCGAGCGUCUCGGAAAAGCCGAGCGAGCGCAGCUCCCCCGAGUGACUGCGUACGCCACCGCAAACUCCUACGACCUCGACGGGCUGAUGAAGUUCCUGAAGGCGCGCGCAUCGACCCGGGGCUCUGCGCCCAGGAAAUUCGACGAAUGCAUCUUCACGCCGUUUUCGUACUCGUUCAGCAAGCAGGCCGCGUUGACGCCGCAGAUCGAGGAUCUCAUCAACCUGCACGAGCAGGACGUCGCAAAGAAUAUGCCGACGCCCGCGGAGAGCGAACAGCAGCAUCCCGGUGAGACCGAUGACGUAAGAGAUGAUCGCAGCUUGUAUCACUUUGUAGAACAGCAGAACCGCGCCAUCAGCUCGUCGGACGUUUUCUUGUUCCAGUACGGAGUUGUCGUGAUCUGGGGCAUGAGCGUGGAGGAGGAGAGUCGGUUCCUCAGAGAUAUUGCCAAGUUCGAGACGGAGAAAUUGGGGGAGGAUGAUGUUCAAGUCGAGAACUUCAAUUUUUAUGUCACCUCCUCAUAUCAGCCAAGGAUAUACAAUGAUUUCAUCACCCUUAAGGAUGGAAGGAAUUACAUGGUGAAAUUGAGCAUCAGUCAUGCGAUUGCCCAGUCGGUGAAGAUAUCUCUAUUCGAAGACCUGGUUGACAAUACGAUCGAAGACACAAAGUCUAUUCCCGCCGAUAUAGCCACGUCCGGCAAAGUAAAAAUGAGUCGUCGAGACAUCAUGAAGCACAUCGGCGAGCUGUUUAUCCUUAGGAUAAACAUCAACUUGCAAGGCAGUGUUCUGGACAGCCCAGAACUGAUGUGGGCUGAACCCCAACUCGAACCCGUCUACCAAGCAGCCAGAAGCUAUCUGGAAAUCAACCAGCGUCUCUCGCUGCUGAAUCAAAGGCUGGACGUGAUAGGCGACUUGCUCCAAAUGCUCAAAGAGCAAAUGUCGCACUCCCAGGGUGAGCACUUGGAGUGGAUCGUUAUCAUCCUCAUUGCAGCAGAAAUCCUGGUGGCGGUAAUCAACGUCGUGGUUGAUCUCAUGGCUGCCAGCUAGAUCUACCUAUCGUCCCUCAUCCCAUCAUCCCCCGACACCCCAUCAUCCUAAUGUCGAGUUUGGUCUUUUCGCCUGUUUAAUCCCUUUUCUUUACUUUAAGGCGUUGAUUGAUCCUGUAUGAUGUCUUCCGUUUCACAAAAAAAACAUCAACGUGAAGCGUAAUUUUCUUGUUGUUUGGGAGGAGUUUAUUUCUUUGGGGGUUGAUUGUAGGCAUGUCUACGUGUGAGCUUAGAAGGUGGCCGGGAAUUGAAGGCCCAUGAUUUGAAUUUCUAUCUGAGAAUUGUGGUGGUGUGCUCCGAGAACUUUUCCCAUCCGUUUCUACUCACAAAUGAAGUGCGCGGCUACUACGACACUCACUACAUAGUUUUUUUCCACCGGUCACAUCUCUCUUGCGAUUGCGAAAUAGGUAAA